UAAUUUCGCAGUGUCUUCUGCUAGAAAGCAUGGGAUUUGUAAACAUUGGCAAACCAUAUAACUAUAAGCGAUCACGCGACCGCCAACCAAAGAAGCAUAAACCGGUAGAGAAGACGCUACAACUCACCAAACUCCCUAUAGAGCUUCUUUUCAACAUCUUUUGCUAUGCUUCAGUGAGUGAAAAUAAUCUUGCUCUUGUCAACCGCUAUUUUUACAAGCUCUUCAGACCCGCUAAUCUUGGGCUUCACUAUUUGCAAAAGUUCAUCCAGUGCCGGUUUGUGGUAGAUUUGAACAACAAAUGUACCCGUAUAUUGUCCGAUAUUGAUGAGAUGUUUGAGGAGUUUGAUCUGGGUAGUGAGUUAAGGGAAAUAUUUGACCCAUUCAAAAAGUCAUUGAAUUACAUCAAAACUCAUCAAUGGGGGUUCAAUAUCGAUGCUUUUAAAUAUCGCUUUACGUACGAGCUCGAUGCCGAAUACUUCAAACAGUUUUGUCUCAUAAGCCUGAAGCACAUAUCUACUGAGCAGGCCAAGCGACUAAGAUUCAUUCAUAACCAGUUGAGACUUCUCCAAUAUCAGCUACAGCGGUGGGAAAGUCGACAACAACAUCGACAUCGAUAUGACUGGGAUUUUUCUGAAACUAUCCUUCCGUUGCGUCAUCUGACAGAACUAUUAUUGACUAUAUCUGAAGAGCCCUUGGCGGUUCUCUCUGAAGAUGAUUAUGAGAAUGAACGGGCGGAAAUUGCAUCUGGAGUCCCAGUUUCAAAUAUAGACGCCAUAUAUAACAGCGACUUUGGAGCCGUUGUAGAGGAAGUUUACCCUACUAUCAAUUCCAUGAAUCAAUUCCACAAAGUGGUGGUUCUAAUAGAUGCUCUUGGAAUGAAGUUUAAGGAUAAAAAUAAUUUCAUGAUUACUAUCAUUGAUGGAAACCUACAGUUCAAAGACAAGACAAAGAUUCUCAAGUAUAUGCAUAAAACUUUUUUCCAGAAAGCUGAAAAUUCUCCUUCGUUGUCUGUACUGUUCAUACUUAAGCUCUUUCAGCUUCUUUCACUGUCUAGUUAUGAUGCCAAAUUCGAAAAAGUCGUGCACAAGUUUCUUCGGCACUUCUAUGGAACUGGCGACGAUUUGGCAAAUUUUGACUUGGACCUUUGGAACUACAUCAAGGAGGCCAAGGACUCGGAUUUGUUUCAAAUUCUCUGUGGAUAUUCUACCCCCAGCUUUACCUUAUAAUUUACGAUGACGACCUCUAA